GCGUAGCAGCCGCCGCUUCGUUUCAGCUGAAGGUAAAGCGUCGCGUUCGGGUUUAUUCCCGGCGAAAAUGGCGACGGGGGCAGGCUGGCAGCCUCCGUACAGCUCCUCGACUGGCGGCACCAAAUAUACCCCCUCUCCAGCGUCCAGCAUGUUUUACGACGGGAGUUUGACGCUGGAAUACACUCAAGACCUGCACCUGAAGAUGAGCAAGAAGAUAGCACAGCUGACCAAGGUAAUCUAUGCCCUCAACACCAAGAACGACGAACACGAAGAAGAAAUCGAGUCUCUGAAAGAAGCCCACGAAGACGAGGUCCAGCACAUUGUGACAGAAACCAGGGACAAAAUCAUGCAGUACAAAAGCAAGAUGGCGGACGAGGCGGACCUGAGGCGGCGGCUGGCCAGUCUGGAAGAAUCUGUCGAACUCCACGAACACAUGAAGAGACAGGCUUUAGCAGAGUUUGAGAUGUACAGACAGAGAAUGGAGGACUCCCAGCUCUGCACUGAGGCCCAGCACACACAGAGAGUGGUUUCUAUGAGCAGAGAGGUGGAGGAGAUGCGUCGGGAUUUUGAGGAGAAGCUGCGGGCGUUCAGCCAGGCUCAGGCCCAGUUUGAGGCGGAAAAGCGGCGAGCGCUGGAGGAGCUGAGGGCCACCCACCGCCAGGAGGUGGAGGAACUCCUCAACAACCAGCAGAACCAGAGCGCCACCUCCACUGAAGACCAGGAGAAACUGGCCAAGCUCCAUAGACAAGAGGUGGAGGCCUUAAUGGAGAGGGUGGAGGAGCUAACAAAGGAUAAGGUCCGUAUGGUGGAGGAGUACGAGGCCAAGCUUGGCAAGGCUCAGGAGUAUUACGAGAGAGAGCUGGAGGCCAUGAGGAGAACACACCAGCUCACCACGGAGAACCUUCUGGCCUGGAAAAGGACCGAGGUUGAGCUUCGUAAGGAGUUCCAGGCUCAGGAGGCAGCGCUGCAGCGCUCGCUGUCCAAGCUGAGGAGUGAGCUCCAGAAAGCUCAGGAGGAGGCCAGAGAGAACCGAGACAAGACCAACAGACUGCAGACGUCACUGGCCAACGCCGAGGGAACCAUCAAGAACCUGCACAAGCAGCUGGAAGAAGCCAUCCAGGACGGAGAGAUCUGGGUGAUGCAGCUGAAGGACACUGAGUACGAACUAGAGGGCAGCAGGGAACGAGUUCAACAGCAAGCAACUGAAAUCCUCCACAAAGCCAGUCAGAUCGGAUCUCUGCAGGCUACCCAGAUGGCCCACGAAGCGACCAUCAGGAACCUGGACCAGGAGCAGAGUCGGCUGAAGGAGAAGAUCAGCAGGCUGGAGGAGGAGAGGGAGGCUCUGCUCAACCAGAGCCAGGCCGCCAACGAGCAACACAAACAACAAGUGCUGAAACUGGAACAGUCUCUGCGUGAGGAGCACCAGGGCUAUGAGAAGGAGCUCUCCAGACUCAGAGCGCACUAUGAGGAGGAGACGCAUCGCUUCAGGGAGGCGCAGGUCAGAGCGCUGGAGGAGAUGGAGGAGAAACACCAGGCCAUGACGGAGGAGGCCCAGCAGGAGAAGGAGGAGGAGAAGAAGCUCCUCGUGUCGAAAAUGAGUCAGGAGUUUGAGAUCAAGCGUCUGUCGUUGGAGCAGCAGCGAGACCGUCUCCAGCAGCAACUGGACAACUUGAAGGAGGAGCUCUCGGCCAAACUCAACAUGGCCAAUCAGGAGGUGUCCCACCUCCAGGAGCUGGUGAGGGAGGGGAAGCAGAACCUGGGAUCAGCUCAGACACAGAUCAGCUGUCUGAAGGAGACUCAGGAGAAGCUCAAGGUGGAACUGGACGCAACUAGAGCCCGAGUCCGGGAGACCAGUAACCUGCUAACUGACCUACAGGAGGAGAUCGAGACCCAGAAACAGCAGCAUGAGGCCAGAGUGAUGUCCAUCAGAACAGAAGAGAAGCAGAAGAUGGACAAGAUGGCAGACGACUUGGACCAGAAAUGGAGAGAUGCACUGCGGGAAGAAGUGCGUUUGCUGAAGGAGGAGUUGACCGAGGAGUAUGAAGCAGACAAACAGGCGGCGCUGACUCAGCUCUCCCAGCAGAAAGAACUGGAGAUGAUGGCGGCAAGAGAGAGCUGGCAGAGGAAGGUGGAGGACCUGCUGGAGCAGAUCUCUCUAUUGAAACAGUCCCUGGAGCUGCAGUUGUCUCAGUCGCAGUCAGCUCUCCAGCAGCUGCAGUCUCAGUUCAGCCAGGAGAGGGAGCUGCUGAGCCAACAGCUCAAAGAGAUGCAGAGAGAGCAUCAGAGGAGAGAGCAUCGAUUACAGGAGGCUCACUGCUGUGCUCUCAGCACCAUGGAGGAGGCCAGACAGCACCAGAUCAGGGCCCUGGAGGAGCGUCUGAAGCAGGAGCAGAGGGAGGAGGUUCAUGCUCUGAAGGAGGCUCACAGGAGGACCUUAGAUAUCCUGAGACAGCAGUCAGACCAGGAGCUGCAGACACUGCGAUUUGAACUGGAGGACGAGGGGAAGGCAAAGCUGGCCUCUCUCCGUGCAGAGCUGAACCACCUCCAUGCUACAGCCAUAGAGCAUCUAAAGCAGAUUCACCUUAAAGAAAACACUGCCGUCAAACGGGACCUAGAGAGCGCUAUGGAGCACAGCCACCAGCAGGAACAAGAGCUCCUGGUCCGCAUCUCAGACCUGCAGGCAGAGGUGUGUUCCCGUAGCAACCGCAUCACUGAUCUGGACCACGAGAUCCACUCUCUGAACGAGACCAUCGACACUCUGACCAGAGAGCUGGAGCUGAAGGGCAAAGAGGUGCUGCGGGUCCGGAGUGAAGCAAACCAUCAGAUAAGGGCCCAUGAACAAGACCUUACAAAGAGACACGAGAGGGAGCUAGGGGAGCUAUCUGCCGUCCAUCACAGAGAAACACAGAUCAUGCUAGCUGACUUCAACAAGGCCCAGGAGGUCCUCAAAGACAAGAUUUCUGCUCUGCAAAUACUGUUGGAGGGGACAGAGGAGAAGUUGAGGAACAGAGAGAGUCGACCCGAGGACCUGCAUAUUAUAGCAGAGCUCAGAGAGAUGGUCACCGAGAGAGAAGCUUUGGUCAAAAAGCUGGUGGAUGACAAGAAGUUUUACCAGUUGGAGCUGGUCAACAGAGAGACGGGCUUCAAUAAGGUCUUCAAUUCCAGUGCCAAUGUCGGUGUCAUCAACCCUCUUAUCAAGUCAAAAGCAGGCAGCCAAUCAGAUCACCUCUUCGCCAGCUUUCCUAGCCACUCAGCUCUCCGAUUCGUCAGCCCUCCCAUCAUGAGUCAUGAAGGAGAGGAAGAGGAGGGACAGGAGGUAGGAUCAGGAGGGAGCUUUGCACCUCCUCUCCCCCCCCUCCAGCGGUCCCUCCCCCGACUUAGGAAAGCCCUGCCACAGUUCAGCUCUCUUCCUCCUUCUCCUUUUCCCCAGCAUCCUCCUCCUACUUCUCCUCAUCCUCCACAUCAUCCCAUGCCAAGCCUUGCUCUUCCUCAUGCUCCUCAUCCUCAGGAACCCCUGGUGCAGCAUCAGGGCCUACAAAGCUUUAGGAGCCUUCCUGAGGCCAGUGCGGCGACACCAUCAGACCCGAGGGGGAUGGAGGCAGGAAAAAGCAAAGAGUACGUUGCAAAAGAAGAGGAGCUGUACUCCCAGUACUUCUCUUUCUGACUGGCAAAAAAAAAAAAAAUCCCAAUUCUGUCAAAAAAAAUGAAGUAAUGGGACAGAGAGCUAAAGUUGGACAGCGAUCAGACUGCAGGUUUCUGAAAGUCAUUUGGCCGACAUUCAUUUCAAAUGUGCAUUUCUAAUCACAGCAUCUGCAGUACUGGGAUUCCAGUGAUUAAAACCUGAGGGCCUUCAUACAUGGUGAGCGCUGUGCACAAUGUGGCUUGUUUGUUUGUGCAUCACCAUGAACGUGUGCAUGGAUAGUGAGGGGGGGGUUUAAAAAUGUCAGUUUGCUGUAAUUUGUGUCUUCAGUCUUUAGAGCAUCUGUAAUUCUGCAAAACAUUUACGAGCUGCACCGAGCAACGUUAAGUGACUUUUAAUUUGGAUAAACUAAAGACCCAACAGUGUUAUUGAAGAAACAGAAUCAGAUUUGGAUAAACUGCUGGGUUGUGUUGCUUUGGUGAAAUAAAUCUUUUGUCCCGAGACCCGAGUUGUAAUACAACUGAAUUAUU